CCUUAUAAUUCUAAUGCUGUGGAAAACAUCUUAUCACAAAUCAAAUUAAGUGAAAACUUCCAAAUGAAUGAAUGUUUGCCAGAAAUUGAAGAUUCCAAUUGUAUGAUACCUCCCAGCCAAGGUGUUUCCUACCGUCUGUUAAAUGGAACAGGUGGUCUGUAUUCAAACAAAGCUAUUCAUGAACAUUUACUGCCUUCUGAAAUUGAAAGAAAUUCAAACUUAAGUACAAAUACUCAGUUUGAUGCUUCCCAAAAGCAUCUUGUUGAAAGUAAUAUUACCACCAUAAAGCAAAAAAAGAUACUUGGCAAGAUUAAUAAUGCCAUUAGCAGAAGCUCUCAGUCCAGUGAUACUGAUGUUACUGAAAUUCUUCCAAUAAUAAACCGUGGCAAUAAAAAUCAGUCUACAAAUGAACUUCAUGUUGGUAGAAGAAUGUUAAAUUCUAAAACACAAAUUCUUGGGACUAAUACUGGUAUUCACUCGCAACACCCACUUUGUUUAAACAAAAGUAUUCACCCUUUGAAUCAUUCUACCCCUGCUGUAGAGGGAAAGAAAACGUAUGUUUCGCAAGAACAUUUUCAACAUUUAACACCUACUCCUGGUGUGUCCACUGAAGAUACUUCUUGUCUUACAUGUGAACUUACCAGCACAGAUUUUGAUCCAGAAUUAGUUCCUGGUCAUGACAAAAAGUCCUCUAGUUGUAAAAGAAAAAUUCCUCUCGACAAACGUAAACGCUGUUCUAAAAAAUCACACAGCAAACCUAAAAAUAACUCAAAGGAUAAAAAUAGCACUAUUAUAAAUCAUUAUAACAUUUCAAAAACACCCCUUACUAGCAUUGAUGACAUCAUUGCUGAUAUUAAUAAGCUUGAAAGUAAUAUUCAUGCAAGUCAAAGGUGCCUUCAAAGCAGUAGUUAUCGCUUCCAAAACGAAAAUAAAAUGUCCAAAACGAAUAAUUCUCACUCAUUUGCAGAACUAGAAGAAGAGUAUAAUUGUAGAAAAGAAAAUGGAUGUAAUGAAAGUACAAACAUUUCUCCCUCUGUUUCUGAUGAUGCAGGUCAUCUCAAUCAAAUGAUGCAUGCUCAUAAUAGACUAAUAAAUGUGUAUAAUAUAGUUUAUGUUGAUUCUGACACAGGUAAAGACAUUGCUGCUUCCUCUAAUUUGUUAAUUGGAGGUAAUAUGAACACUAGUUCUGAUAAAGACUCCAGCAACAAGAACUUAUCAGGCAGUUCAGUCGAAAACAACGCAGAAGAAAAUAUAUUUUUGAUGAGAGAAAAUGCUAACAUGCCAAAUAUAGCAGAUGUUAUGUCGUCUACAUUUCAUCUGGAAAAUAAUAUUUCCAACUCUAAAAAUUUUACCUUUAAUCAAAAUCUACUUAAUGGUGCCCAUAAUAAAGAUAACUCAAAAAUUGUAUCACAUAGAUCAACUACCUUAUCCCAAGAUGCCAAUAGAAAAACUAAAUGCAAUUCUAAACCACAUAAUGUUUUUUUCAACAAUGUGGUCGCAAGAAAACUUAUAUUUCAACGAAACUCUCUCAAUAGUAACUGUCAAGAACACGAUAGAGCCAAAGCCCCAGAGUCUUUUCGUAGUAAUCGGAAUUUUACAUAUUCGCCUGAAUUAAAAAUAAAGAUUCUAAAUACUUAUUCAACAAAAGAUUUUGUCAUACAUCCUGCGUCGCAGUUUCGAGUGAAUCUUGGUGAACGCCUUGCAGAAAGUGAAGUUUCAUCAUUCCAAAAAGAUAAAAUGGCUGUUUUAAAUCAGCGUCAAAAAGGUGCUUGUGUGGAUUUUCCAAUGCCUCCAAGACAGCCAACAAACAAGUUUUUUGAUGGUAUUACAUCGGAUCAUAGAAAGUCAUAUCCUAACCAGUCCGAAAUGAAUCAUGGAAUCGAUAAUGAAUCUUUUGAAGAAACUCGAGUAAAUAAUGGGAAUACAUUGAACAAUCCAAAAAUUGGGGAAAGCAUCAUAUCCAAUCCAGAAAUAAUCAAAGAAACUGGAGAAAAUAAUGUCAACUGUGCUUCAAACAGCGCAAAUCAGACUGACUGCCCUCGUAUCAGUGCAGAUGGUUUUACAACUGAUGGCUCUGAUUUUCAUAGUCCAGAUAGCUCUGAUUCAAGCAGUUCAUUGGAGUCGACUCACAGUGAAAAAUCUAAGAAAAACUCACAGCAAAACUUGGCACCAAGUGUAGGAGACUGGGGAAAAGCAUCCAUUUUAAAGCCUUCUAAGUUUCACAUUUAUUCUUGUGAUAAUGAUUCUGACACAAGUAGCGAUGAUUUCGUCUGUGCAAGAAAAAGACCUGCACCAGAGAAUGUAACUGAAAAAAGCAAAAUGCCUCUUAAGCGAAGAAAAAAAACCCUGUUUAAUGAAAACAAACAAUAUUUCUUACGGUCGAGAGAUUCAGUAUCAGCAAAUAAAAAGGUUACAGAUGAAAUCUUGUGAAGGUUAAGAAAUCUUGCUUAAAUACUUGUAUAUUUUUGUAAUAAAACAAU